UUGGCGCUUGUCUCGGUAGCGUGGGCGUUAUCGCUCGAAUCCACCUUUCUGAAGGAGAGAUUGAACUAUUUGUAUCCCCAUUUGGACCAGGUUGACGUCAUUGACCAUAAUUCGUUGGUUGGGUUUGCCAAUGAUCAAUUGUUGAAUAUCAGAUUGUCCGACACCACGGCUGUUCAAUGGGCCGUGCUGUUGCAUGACUUGCAGGGGACAGGGUUCGAGAACUACCACUUGACGAACGACAAGUCCUUGGUAUAUCUUUACUCGCAUCUGUCUAACGUGUUGUACGUGUUCCACACUCAGACUGGAGUGUUGAGGCGUUCCGUCAAACUCGAGGCCUCUCCUGUGCAGCUCGAGAACUUCUUCAACAGAGGAGUGUUGGUAGUGGACCAUUCGGGUGCUUUGCAGUACAUCGACAACUCCAAUGGAGACGUGGUGUCUGUGGACAUUUCCUCCAAGUUGUCCAGUUUCCACUUCCAGCAAAUCGACGGUUACGGCUACGUGGCGGCCCACAAAUUGUUCAAAUUAUCACCUCAGUUGGAUGUCCACUCCGAGAUUCCAUUGCCGUUCUCCGACAUCAAGGAAUUCAAGGAUGACCUUUUAUUGAGUACUUCUAAUGAAUUGUACCGCUUGCAAAACGAUAAGCUCGUCAAAAUCGAUGGCUCAGCCACUGACGUGUCAAUCAUCAACGCAAAUUAUUUUAUCAAGACCCCAGUUUCUGCUUACAUUGAGUUCUACAACAUCGACGAUGACGGAAAUGUAAAGUUGUCUUACAAGCUCGAUACUCCCUCGUUCUUGAACGCUGAGCUCAAGCAAUACUCCCUUGGUGAUUUCUUGGUAGUCAAUAAAAUGGACUACACCAAGGAGGUUUAUGAUUUGACUGACUUUUUGUUGAUCAACGAUCCCCAAAGCAUCAAGCACGUUAGAACCGCUUCCAGAACCAAGUUUGAAUCCGAUUAUAUCACCUCUGACGACAGCGGAAACUUGCUUCUCGUCUCUUUGACUGCUGCAACUGGUUCGAAGUUUGACUUGAGCAACGGAGCCCUUUUACAAUCGUUUGCCCCACCAUCUCAAUUUGUAUCUGGACUGUCUAAGUAUUACAUGUUCGACAAACCAGCAUCUAAAGUCUUCCAAAACAAGGCACAUCAUAUUUUGGAAGACAAGAGAUCAUUCGUGUUUGUGGAGAUUAUUAAAAGAUAUGUGAGACAUUUGUCGGAGUUUGGAAGAUAUGUCACGUCUUCGAGCAAGGAGCUGAAUUUCGUUGAGAGCAAUGAUGGGCUUGACAAAUUGAUCGUGUUUUUUGAUGACAGUAAGUCUGAAUUGGUUGCCAUUGACUCCCAAUCCGGAAUCCCUGCUUGGAUCUCUCCAAUUCCUGGGCAGUUCACUGACUUGGUGGAAAUCGAUGGAAACUUGUUAGUCCUUCAAGAGCACCAAUUAUUUACAGUAGCACUUGCUGAUGGUAAUAUUCUCUCGAUCGAAGAGUUAAAGCAUGACUUUACUGGAUUGUCCAAGACGAACUCUACUUUGAUUCUUAAAUCAAAUCUCCAAUUUGAGGUGCAUCAUUCGUAUCCAGCAACCGAAGAUAUUUACUUGAUUAGAUCUAACCACUUCAAAGUGAAUGGUGAGAAGAUCUCGGGAGGAUCCCAAUCGAUCAAGACUUGGGAGUUCAAGAGAACACAUGAACUUAUUUUGGAGGCUAUCACUAGACCCCAGGAUACGAAGACAUCAUCAAUUGGUAUUUCGUUGGCAGACAAGUCGGUAUUGUACAAGUACUUGUAUCCUAACCUCGUAUCCAUAAUUACCAGAAACCAAGAACUGGACAAUUUGAAGCUAUACAUUUUAGAUGGAAUUACUGGCAAUUUGCUAUUCACACACGAACACGAUAGUAAUGAAGUUGUGGACGACUCUUCUAUCAAUAUCAUCAUGGAUGACAAUUGGGUUAUCUACUCUUACUUUAUUAAGUCACCCCAAGUGGAACAAAGAAUCCAGGUGAUUGAUUUAUUCGAUACGGACAAGUCAAUUAAACAAAACGACGAUAUCAAAUCUUCAUUCGGAUUUAACACAACCGUUGGUUCUAUUUCUAGAAAAUCAUUCAUUUACCCUGAACGUAUCGUCAAGUUAGGUUCCACUCAAUCGUCUCAUGGAAUUACCUUGAAAUCAAUUUUGGCAGUUACCGAGCUGGGUGCUUUGGUCGAAAUCCCAAAGAAUAUCUUGAAUAGUAGAAGAAUUGACGAUAGACCAUUGACUGCUGAAGACUAUCAGAAUGACUACGGAAUGAUCCCCUAUGCACCAGUCAUCCAACGUGAUGAUAAAGCAGUUUUAAAUCAUAAGCACAAGCUUGUUGCUGACAAAGAGGGAGCUAUUUUGGUAAGACCCACUGACUUUGAGUCUACUUCAGUAGUCUGUUACUACAACAAGUACAAUCAAUUCUGCUCAUAUGUCCAACCAUCAUUAUCAUUUGACUUUUUGAGUAAGGGCUUCGCAAAAGUAAAACUUAUUGGAACCAUCGCAGUAUUAUUGGCUAUACAUUUGAUAUCAAAACCAAUAGUGACCAGAAGGAAGUUAAGUGAUCACUGGGUCGAUAAG